AUGGAGAGGAGUCUCGACGGCAGGUCGCCCGCUCCCCUGCUGGUUCGGUGUGCCAUCGCGGUGGAGUUCGCGAGGCGGGGCAGGCUUGUCAUGGGUCUCGCCGUGAUGAUCGGAGUCAGCUGCUACCUCAGGCCCUCAGAGCUCCUCAACCUUACUUCGAACGACCUGGUGGCCCCGGCAUCGCUGGUGUCGCAGUACUGGAGCCUCCUUUUGCAUCCUUCAGAGGGGGAAGAGAGGAGCAAGACCGGCGAUGCGGACGACUCGCUGAUCAUCGACUCGGCCUACAUGCUGCCGUGGGUUCACGACUUCCUCCAGGCCUUGAAGGAGAAGGGCGGCCGGCUGUGGUCCUUCGAUUAUCUCACUUUCUUGGCGAAGUUCAAGACUGUCGCCAAGAUGCUGGGCAUGUCGCACCUUGUACCGUGCCAGAUGAGACACUCGUGGCCGUCGAUAGAUCGCCCUCAGCCAGAUCGCAGCCAGGAGGAGAGUCAGAAGCGCGGAAGGUGGAAGAGCUGGAAGAACCUCGUGCGCUACGAGAAGGGCGCCCGCCUCGGAAGCUUCUGGAACGAGCUCGCUGCCGAGAUGCAAGCACACAUGCGCCUGUGCGAGGACCAGCUCGUCGAGUUCCUCUGGUCGCCCAAGCUUGACGGCACCUACAUGGCCGACCUGUUCUCUGGCUCAGGCAAGGUUGCUCGGGCGGUCACGCGGCUGGGGUUCUCAGCUAAGGCCUGGGACAUCAUCCACGGGCCCAGCCAUGACAUCACGGACCCAAUUGUGCUCCGCCUACUGCUUUCGGACAUCCGUGACGGCAAGAUUUUCGCCGCCAUGAUCGCCCCCCCCUGCACCUCGCUGACUAUCGCUCGAGACAG